GUCUAUCUGUUAGACAGAGCAUCUAUCUAUCUGUUGGACAGGGCAUCUAUCUAUCUGUUGGACAGGGCAUCUAUCUAUCUGUUGGACAGGGCAUCUAUCUAUCUAUUGAAGAGGGCAUCUAUCUAUCUGUUGGACAAGGCAUUUAUCUGUGUGACAGGACGUCUAUCUGUUGGACAGGGCGUCUAUCCGUUGGACAGGGCAUCUAUCUAUCUGUUGGACAAGGCAUCUAUCUCUCUGUUGGACAGGGCAUCUAUCUGUGAGACAGGACGUCUAUCUGGUGUCUAUCUGUUGGACAGAGCAUCUAUCUAUCUGUUGGACAGAGCGUCUAUCUAUCUGUUGGACAAGGCAUCUAUCUAUCUGUUGGACAAGGCAUCUAUC